GAGCGAGCGCUCAUUGGCUCCGGCCGUGUGCGCUCUGUUGUCCCCCAGCGAGAGCAACUCAGCCCGUAUUCACAUGUUAAUGAGCCCCUAUAAAUACUAACAACAGCCACUCAGCGCCAGCAGCACGUCUCACUGGGAUUGUACAAUAAACACAGGGCGUCUCGCCUCGCGUGUUUGUCGAUUUUUUUUUCUCUCUCCCUGCCUGUAACCGGCUCCAUUUGCCAGCUGCCCCUCUCGGACGACUCAGGAGGCAAAGGCAGCGGUGGGAGAAGCCACAGAAGCGGCGAUCCGACCAACAUGGCCCCCUCGGCUCGGCCCGAUAACGCUGGAAUUGGCGUGGAAGAAGAUGAGUCCUACUACGGGAUCCAGAAAGGAGACAGAAAGACUAGAAAACCUCUGGUGGAGAAGAAGAGGCGAGCUCGCAUCAAUGAGAGUUUGCAGGAGCUGCGCACUCUGUUGUCAGACACAGACUUUCAUUCCAAGAUGGAGAACGCCGAGGUGCUGGAGAUGACGGUGAAGAAGGUGGAGGACAUAUUGAAGAACAGAACCCAAGAAACAGACACACUAAACCAAGAGGCCAGCGAGAGGUUUGCGGCCGGCUACAUCCAGUGCAUGCACGAGGUCCACAUGUUCGUGUCCAGCUGUCCUGGGAUUGAUGCGACGGUGGCAGCCGAGCUCCUCAACCACCUACUGGAGUGCAUGCCCCUGAACGAGGACCACCUCCAGGACGUGCUGAUGGACCUGAUCACGGACGCUCCCGGGAGCCACAACAGCACUUGGAACGGAGAAGGGGAGGCGCUCUGCACGAACCUGGCAUCCCCCGGAGGACGGAGCUUAUCCAGCAGCUCGUCCUCCGCUCUGUCCCCAGCCCCCUCCACCACCUCCAGCGAGGACUUGUGCUCCGACCUGGACGAGACCGACAGCGAGCACAACCAGAGCGCCACGGAGGGCAUGGAGAGCAGGGAGGCCCUGAGCGUGGCCACCCUGACCUACCCUCGCUCCAUGUGGAGGCCCUGGUAGUUUGGAUGGGAGACAGUUGGGAGUCGCUGGAGCACGGACUGUGGGCUUUCUUUUAUGAUGCGAAACUGAGCCUCCUACUGAAAGGGAAGAUUCCACCUUCCAACACGUGGUUGUAGCAUUUCUGGACUCAUUUCCCGCAGCUAAUAACACUGAUAUUCAUGGAUUUUGCCUCUGGAUUUCCCUGCACUGGUGACCAAUAUUCACAUCUGCUCCACAAGAAACAGAGGGACCAACUCACACCAGCCUCGGGUACGCAGUGGAACUUUACUUCAACAUGUGAGGAGAGGCUGGAUUUUCUCUUCACCAACAACUAAACGCAGCAAGUCCACACCCUUUCCUCUGCAUGCGGUGAAAUGUAGCAAAGCAGAAAAUUAAGUAGAAGUAGUCAUUUAAGUUGAUGGGACAACGUUUGCCUAGAGGACACUAGCAGUGCUGCGAUCUGCGAUACCACGAUCUUUACCAGUGUGUUAAAGGGAGGGCAGAGUUUCCUUUUAUCUCAUCAGAAGGGCCCUGCGUCUCGUGGCCCCUUCAGUUCGCAGCCUCAAUGGUAACACACCCUUGCUUUGAGUGCUGUCUCGUGACUUUUCUUUAAAUCCGGAAAAAGAAAAAAAAAACAACUCCCCUCACUUAUAACCCAACAACCAAGGACAGAAAAGGAACCGUUCACACUUGUUUUGUCUAUAACUCUGUGUAUAUUUGAUCGGUGUGCGGAGAAAAGCUCUUUUUUUCUUGUUUUUUUUUUUGUUUUGUUUUUUUAGAAACACCUCCGAUUAAUAUAAAUAUUUCUAUUGUAUUUCAUAAAUUCCAGUAGUUUAUUGGACGGCUAGCCUCCUCGAGAACUUCAUGUUGUAAUGAUGUGUAGAAAUGUUUUGCAAGUAAAAUAAAGCGUCUGAAUUAAAAUAAAACUAUGUAAUUGAAA